GCCAGUGUUAGUUUGUGUAGAUGAGUUGCCCCAUUCCCCACGCCUCCCACGAAAUUUCCUCUGUAAAUCGUAGUGUUAGGUCGAACAGCUCAUCUGGUUGCUCUUCGUGAGCUGGGACAGCAUGACUGGCGGACUCAAGGGCAACAUACCAGAAGAGGAGUAUAUUCAGGCACCCUUCAUCAGAAAACAAGGAAACAUAUACAAACCAAAUAACAAAGACAUGGACAACGACAGCAUCCUUGAGAAAACGGCGCUGGACGUUCAUACGAAGGAAAUCGAUUUGGUAAAUCGGGAUCCCAACCAUAUAAAUGACGAAGUUGUAAAGGUAGAGUUUGAAGAUGUCAUCGCAGAGCCGGCAGGGACCUACAGCUUCGACGGCGUGUGGAAAGCGAGCUUCACCACAUUCACAGUCACCAAGUACUGGUGCUACCGGCUGCUGACGGCGCUCGUCGGCAUCCCCCUGGCGCUCGUGUGGGGCAUCUUCUUCGCCAUCCUGUCGUUUGUGCACAUCUGGGCGGUGGUGCCCUGUGUCAAGAGUUACCUGAUUGAGAUCCAGUGUGUGAGCCGCGUCUACUCCAUCUGUGUGCACACCUUCCUUGACCCCUUGUUCGAGGCCAUGGGCAAGUGCUUCGGGGGCAUACGAGUGUCCUCCACCAAAGUAGUGUAAAAAAAAGGAAGGAUGUAGGGGGUUUGAAAUGGAGUGGAAUUACAGCAAGAAAUACUUCACUAAAGAAAACACCAGCUGUGCAAGAGAUCAAUGACAUUUUAAAGAUUGUUUUUGUUGUUGUUGUAUGUUUUUGCAUUUAAUGGACAGUUGUGUGAGCUGUUCUGCUUUAACCAUAAAAAAAACACCACCUCUUCAACUCUUCUUUACGAGCUUUUUAUGUUAGCCUGCUUUUAAAAGUGUGUAUAUCACAUCCGAAGGUCACCGCACUGCCCUCAGCCUAGUCCUGCUGACUUUACCAGAAUAACACACCAUGCAUUCUUUGACUUCAGACACGAGACGUUUCUCAUCAAUUAAAGAGGGGGCUAAUGACGCCAAGAAAAUAAACAACCUGAUUACUGACCAUGAAGGAGGGAUUUAAAUGUUUUUCUUUCCACAAAUUAGGGUCAAGUCAUAUAAUCAUAAUCGCAUGAUAGGUAGGUGUGUGACAGAGUUUCAGCUGGGAGUAAGAUAAUGCCACUGUCACAGUUACUGACGUUCAGCACUGAUUUCCAGGCGUAGCCUUUGUUCGUGUAAUCACAGUGUGUCUGUGAAAGUAUGUCGUCUGUGAAAGUGAGCCCACAGAUCCCCUGCAGAGUAAUGGGGGGGGGGGGGGCAUGUGUUGUGUUGAUUUAUAGCUCAAUUGGACUUUCCAUGUUUAUAUAUCUUUAACUGCUGUUUUCAGGAUAUGCUGUAUCAUUAUAUUAUAUUUCAAAAAUAACACAAGUCCUUUCAUGUUUAUUAUUUCCAUAUAUAAAAGCAGAUCACAUUAAAAUGUAUGUAAUCAAA